GGUCACUAUCCAAACCGCGUCCCUCAUUCAUCUGCCGAGAGAGAGAGAGAGAGAGAGGGAGAGUAGGAGUAGGAAGAAGUAGAAGAAGAAGAUGACGAGGUUGGGUGUCGAGGAUGAGGAUAUGGAUGAACCAAAUCCAGAUAUACACGCCCUCUUUUGUUAUUACAACAUCCUGUACUUUGACAACGCUCUCGGCGCUUGUAUCCUCUCCUGGAGCUCCAAGCGCAUGACCCUGUGUGCAGGUGUUUGUCAUUAUCUAAGUGGUGGCAGCUGUGAAAUUCGCCUCUCAGAACCUUUGUUGAAAUUUCGUUCAAGUGCAGAUCUCAAGAACACCUUAUUACAUGAGAUGAUUCAUGCAUACUUGUGGAUUAAGAAUAAGAACAAGGACCACAGUGAUCAUGGCCCAAGCUUCCAGAAAUUGAUGAAAGAAAUAAACUCUAGCUUGGUGAUUGAUCAUCAGAGACCGGAUGGUGGCUACAACAUUACUAUCUACCACUCGUUUAAUGAUGAAGUUGAUAGCUACAGAGUUCACCACUGGAAGUGCCAAUCCUGUGGAGAUCUGAUCAAGAGGGCCAUGAACAGAGAGCCUUCAUCUAGUGACUGUGUUGUAAAGGCCAGCCACGAAGGGUUUUGUGGCAACUCCUCUUGUCAUUGGCACAUACAUAAGAUGUCAUGCACUGGUAAUUACAAGAAGAUUGCUGAGCCACCUGGGUAUAAGGACACAAAAAAGGGCUCAAAAGGUAAGCCUGAAUGUCAAGGCAGAAAAUCUCAAGUGCCAACCCAAUCAACUAGAAAGAGUGCUCGGAAAGCUUAUAAAGAAGAGGCAAGUAAGGAUAAAUCAGAUUUCCUGAAAUCGAAUACAAUUGACACCUUUUACCCUAGUAAAGUAAAUAGGAAUACAGGCAGCCCUUGUCCAUGUAGUGACGAUGACCAAGCAGUACCUGUGCAAACAGCUGAGCCAAGGAAGAAGCGCAAAUCUGCUCAUGUAGAAAGUAAUGAAUCUCAAAAACAUGAGAAUAACUAUGCAGUUAUAAUUAACUGUAAGCGAUGGUAUGCAAAUGAGGAGGAUGAAGAAUACGUUGAGCCUCUACACAAUAAAAGAAGUGAACGGCGGGCGAAACAGAGGCUCUUGAAGAAUCUGACUGGUGUUAGCGUUGAGGUUGAAGCUACAGAUGAUGCCUCCCAUACAAGUGGUAAUACAGGCAACAGCAUCUCACCAUGGCUUUUCAAGAGCCACAGUAUUCCAAGUGAAGGUAAAGAGGAAUGUGAUACAAGUAUAAACAGUGGGAAAGGACAUACACAGGUGUUUGGGGCUGAAGAUGUGAAUGAUGGUAUUGAUCACUUUCAGAAAGGUCUCCAUACGUGCGAUGAGGAUGACGAUGAUGAUGAUAUGCAUUUGGAUACAUGUCAGACACGUCAAGAGUUUGCAGUGGGCUCAUCAACCUUGAAUUAUGGUCCUGUGACUUGCCAAGGUUCAGCUGACGUUUCAGGUGAUUGUAGAAAAACUACACUAGGCAGGGAUGGUGAUAGCAUCGUUGAUGUAUCCGAUGACUGAUCAGUCCCAAAUAUAGUUUUGACCUCUUCUUUUAUUGGAAAGGAUACAUGGUUUUUA